AUGGCGCCGUCACGGAGGAAAGCCUUGGCCCUCCUGAGCAUCCUGCUCUCCGCGACCCCGACCCUCGCCAAGUUCGAGAACAACUUCGACCUCUACCCGGCAGCGGCGCAGCCCUGCCUGUACGCCGCCUCCGACGCCAGCCAGUGCGACGGCGACAGCAACGCCACGAUGAACCAGUGCCUCUGCAGCGACUCCAAGGGCAAGUUCGUCACCAACACGGCCACGUGCCUCGGGAGGGAGGCCAAGGACACCCUGCGCACCGUCUACCAGUCCAUGAGCACCGCCUGCUCCGACUCCAAGACGCCCAUCCCCUUCACCGAGGACCAGUUCCUCGCCCUCGGCGCCAGUGGCGCCACCGCCUCCUCCCUCGCCGUCACGCCCUCGAGGACCUCGAUGUCGUCGUCGUCGUCCGCCGCGCCGACCGGCUUCAUCACGACCACCACCACGGGCGGCGCCACCGUCACCGUCACGACUUCGCCAACGGCGACCCCGACCGCAGAGCCCGAGGACUCCGGCCUUAGCACCGAGGCCAAGAUCGGCGUGGGCGUCGGCGCGGGCGUCGGCGCCAUCGCCCUCGUCGGCCUUGUCGUCUUCAUCUGGCGCAUCAAGCGGAGCCGCGACGCCCACGACGAGUCCCACCGCCCCAUGCUCGGCAGCGGCGUCGGCGGUGGCCGGAACCCGCAUCACGGCCCCUUUACCGAGUACAGCCCACCCACGAGCGUUUCCGUCGUCGGCGACGGCGGCGGCGGCGGGGCGUUCGGCGCCGCGUACGCCGGUGGCGCCACGGAGUACAAAAACGAGAACAAGCAGCAGGGCUGGAGGCCCGCGUCCGAGGUCUCGCAGAGCCCGGGCACCGGCACGCAGACGUGGGCGACGGGCUCGCCGCUGCCGGCGUACGCGCAGUCUCAGCCGCAGUCCCAGCCGCAGCAGCAGCAGCAACACGGCUGGGGACACCAUCCUCAGGCUUCUUACGUGCCGCCUCCACAUCAGCAGCAGCAGCAGCAGCAACAAGCCGCUCGGCACGAUGGGGUGUUUGAGCUCGCGUCGAUGCCCGUGUCCGUCGCGGAGAUGCCGGCGACGGAGGUGCAGCUGACCCAGGCGAGAUACCAAUAUCCCCCUCAGAGACAGUGA